CUUUUGUCUGGCUCCUCUCUUAUGCUCAUCGAAACCCUAAAUUGAUUAAAGACGGGACGAAGCCAUCUGUAUAAAUUUGUGUUCCAAAUCUGCUACGAUCCACCAUCUUCUCCUUAAAUCGGAAAACGAUUACCGUUAAAUCUUAUCGAUUUUCUUUUUGUCAAAUUUUACUCUUAUCUUAUCUUAUCUCUUUUAGAAAAUCUUGAUUGUUGGGUUUUAACUGGGAUUUGUGUUUUACAUUUACACAAUGGUGGGAGGUGGAAACAGGAAGGAUGAACAGUUGGUCAUAAGCAACAAUAACGUUUUCGCUGCUCUUGGAACCCUAAGGAAGAAGAAGAAGUCUGAUAAGGGAAAGAACGCUGAAGGUUCAGUUUCUAAAAAUGUCAAGCACACUGACAAGGAUCCAGACCCUGUUUUCUGGGCUCCAGCCCCAUUGACUGUCAAAUCCUGGGCAGAUGUUGAUGAUGAAGAUGAUGAUGAUUAUUACGCUACAACAGCUCCGCCCCAGGCUGUUUGGGGACCUGAUACUGCUAAUGAACAUCAUCACAAGCCUAAGGAAACUGUAACUCCACUCCAGGAAAGUGAAAGUGAAGAAGAAGGGCUUGAUGAAGCUGAUGAUGAUAAUGAGGAAGAACAUGAGCAGGAACCUGCUUUACCAGAGGAAAAGGUGCCAAUUGUUAAGAAGACUGCUGAAAAUGAGGUCCCCAAAGAGUCGGAAAGGCAGCUUUCAAAGAAGGAACUUAAGAAAAAGGAACUUGCUGAGCUUGAAGCUAUGCUUGCUGAAUUUGGAUUAAACAAAGCUGAGAGCAAUGAUGAUUCACAAGGUGCUGCACAGGAUAAGGUGGAAAAACUCAAUGGAGAGAUGGCUAAGAAGGAUGAUAAUGCUCCUGGGGAGAGCAAGAGUGCAAAGAAGAAGAAGAAGAAAGAUAAAUCAUCAAAGGAGUCCAAAGAGCAACAUGAUCAAUCCAAUGGUGUUGAGCUUGGAAAUGGGACCAAUGAAAUAGUGCCAACCGAGAAAGGAGAAGAUGCACCUACUGUUGCUGCGAAGGACAAGAUAAAGAAAAUGGCAUCUCUUAAGAAGAAAAAAUCAAGCAAGGAGGUAGAUGCUGCUGCCAAAGCUGUGGCCAGUGAGGCUGCAGCAAGGAGUGCAAGGCUAGCUGCUGCAAAGAAAAAGGAGAAGAACCAUUACAAUCAGCAACCCCUGCGGUGAAAUGUUUCUUGAAUUGGAAGUGAGCAUGUAUCUUGUUCAUUUGUUAAAUGCACAAUAAACAUCAGAAUCUGGUUCAAUAGAGAUGGACUAUCAUACUACUUUUUUAUUUUACCAAAAA